AUGAAUAGAGAUUUUAAUAUUAUUAUGGCUUGGGAUACCAUGACAUUCUCUCUUCUCUCUUUAGCAGAGCAAAGACAAUUUGUUAUGAGACUCCUCAGUGGUCCAAUGACAUCUGGAGAACCAACAGAAAGAAUAUCAAGGGAGUCUCGACGCAAGAUUACCUCCUACAUUGUGUUUUCAGAAGAACACCUCAACCGUCAACUUCGGAUGACCGAAAACAACGCAAUUCAUUAUGCCAACCUCUACGACCAAGUCCAAGCUCACGCCGAACUACUCGAGGCAAAUGUAAUACCUGGCUACAGUGCAAAGUUGGAGCUUCACAAGGAAGCGCUCAGGACUCUUUCCGACCAACAAAAAGAACUUUCUUUUGAUGAAUUACACCACUUCUUCCAAACGAUUGAAGACCAGGCUUUAGCAGCC